AUGGGAUCAACAUCACUUACAGCACAGUUAUUUUUCCUGAAUUCCACAAUGAAUAUUGGAAAUAAUAUGUUUUCCUUCUACUUAGAAAACCAACUAUUUAGUAUUUCUACUUAUAAUUGUUUAGAUCCUGCAACUUUUGAUUUAAAAUUAUUAAAGAGAUACAAGACAUAUUAUAAUCCCUAUACUUUUUCAAUGUAUUUAACAUUCACUUUGGAAGCUGAUCCACUAAUGGAACCAUUUCCAAUAGUCUGUACUUCAUUAGUUUAUAUGUGUAGAGUCGCCCAGCUUAAGCCAAUCAACAAUCAAUUCACAUUGACGAUCUCAAAAUUCCCAAAAACUGACUACACCUCAAAUCCACCAAUAUCAGUAGAUAUUCAACAAACAUUCAAUAUGUCAAAGUCAUUUACUUUGGAAUUCGAUUCACUUUUCCCAAUUGAAGGUCAAGAUAAUGGAACAAUCAUUUCUUCAUUAACACACUACCCACCAGAGAAUGCCACUAUUAAAAUGGACCAACUCUAUCAAAACUAUCAAUCACUCCUUUUUAUAGAGACUCCAAGAUUGUCUUCUGUUUUGGCCUAUGUAAUAGGUCAAAAUUUUAUCCAACAAUCAUGGAAAUUGGUCAAAGGAAAUGGUACAUACUCAACAUAUAUGGCAAGUUCUACCCUUGCUAUAGAUCACACAAACUUUUUUUCAAUAUAUUCUGUCUCUAAAACUACUUCAACUUUAUCCAAUCCUCAAAACAUAUCAAUAGUAUCACCAAGUGACAUCCCUGGUUCACUUUCUACAACUAGAGGUGUUGAUUCUCUGGGGAUGCUAUUUUCUUUACAAAUUCAUUUUGGUGAACUUAACAAUGGUUAUCUUGAAGAAAACACUUUUGACCUCAGUUAUACAUUCCCAUAUGGUUGGCAAUUGUUAUAUCCCGACUUUUCUUACUCUUGGUCAACAAGUUUCUAUACAUCGAAAUUCUCUCAAGGUCCUUGGAUAUCAAACUAUAUCAACAAUGGGAUCUAUGAUAAAUCAGGUGUUCUUACAUUAGAUAGAAACUAUAAUAAUUCAAAUGUUGUAGUUCAUAUGAUCAACUAUAUUCCAAUUAACUCUUUUACUUUUAUAUUACAAGUUAAUAUUACAUCAUAUUAUAAAAUAAUAAUGAUGGAAUACUCUGGAUUGGUAUUCAAAAGUUACAAUUUAGUCAGUGGAUCUCUUUAUAAUGGUAUAUUCGAAAUAGUAGUGAAAUCGACUUUCGACAAACCAUUCCCAUUAAAAGCAUAUUUAAUGGUGUAUGAUGAGACAAGUCCAUCAGCAGUUAAUGCAAUCUAUUUUUCCAGUACCUACCUAAAUUCUCUAUUGAAAACUUUCCCUGUUUUACCUUCGGAUAUAUAUCCAAAUAUUAUUUUGGAUGAUUUUUAUUCAAUCAAUUUCACACACCAGAAUAUUGAUAUAACUGGAAAUUUUAUAAAUGUAUUAAAUUUACAAUUUACAAACAUUCUUGCAAAUUUCACACCAAUUUUAGUGAUUGGAGACUCAGAGUUAAUUGACAGAGACUAUCAAAAUCAAUUUUUAACAUUCCAAGGAAUCUUUAAUAGUGAAACAAAUAUGCAUGAAAUUCCUUUUGGAAUUCCAAAACAAUUUAAUUCAGGUGAACUGCCAUACACUAUUGUCACACCAUAUGCAUCGUUUAAUAAUACAAUUUUAGCCACUGUUGUUGGUAGAUCAUCGAUUUUAACUAUAUCUAAAUCAAAGGGAGAUAUGCUACUACCUAUCGUUACAUCGAUAUUAGCAUAUCCAACUACAAAUGUUGUGUUAAGUGGUUCUGGCAAUAUGCUUAUUGGAUGGAAUAUCACAAUUGAGGAUUUCCCAAAUGGUUUCAGAGAUGCAAAUAUCUCUGUAGUUUCUUCGUUUGAUUUGGAACCAAGACACUUUAUCAUCGAAAAAAAGAACAGAAUAUCUGGCGAUGAAAAUCUUGGAGUGUAUCAGUUAAGUUUUGAAGUUAAGGAGAUUUGCAGAACUCAAAAGUUUUUCAUCUCCAAUAUUGAACUCUACGAUCAAGGAUCCGUUAGAUUAAAUCAAAAUAUAAUCUGGCGAUUGGCUACUAUUGUUGGUGGUAAAGAUGAUAAUCAAUUAACUAUAAAUUUAAUUUGUCCAAAUCAAGUAUUUACAUCACCACCCACUUUAGUAUAUUUUUCAAUAAGUCCAAGUGUAAUUGAUGUUGGUGUGAGAUCGAGAGUAGUAGAGAUCAAUAUGACUACAAAAGAUGGCGAUGGAAAUUUAGGACUAUCUGACAGACACAACCCAUAUGUUUACCUUUCAUCUCAACCGGAUACUGUUAGAAUAGCCACAGAGCGAAAAAGUUAUAAUACCACCUUUUCAAACUACACAGCCAGAUUCCAAAUGCCAUAUGGUAUUGGUAUUGAAAAUUUCUUUAUAUCUGUAUACGGUAUCUUGGAUAAUCAACUUCAAAUCAAUGGAUACUCUCCGCAAGAUAUGAUGACCAAUGGCUCAACCUUUUAUAUCGAAAGAACAUUCACAUUGAACGCAGAUCCUACUUUGACCUCCUAUACCAGUUUCCCUGUAACUGGUGGGUCGGUUUUCGUUUCUGGAAAUUCUCUUGGAACAGAUGAAACUGGAGAACCAAUUAUUGGAGAAAUUGACUAUGGACAAGAUUUAUUCCAGAGUAUAAACAUAAACCAAAGAUAUGGAGCUGGUGUGCUUAUCACGCUUCCAACGUUCAUCAUUGGUGAUACACAUAUACAAUCAGCAAAGUUCCGUGUAAGACUAUUCUCUGAUAUCUACUCCAAUACAAUUGAACUAGUGCCAAUGUCAAACUACGGACCGCUCGAACCAACCACAUCUCCAAAUCCAACUUCAACUCCAAAUCCAACUUCGACUCCAAAUCCAACUGCAACUCCAAACAAAGAUUGUAACUCUCGAAAUUGUAUUCAUGGAAACUGCGUUAAUAGUACCUGUGUUUGUACAAGUAAAGAUUGGGUUGGUCCAUAUUGUUCCUCCAAAGUUAUUCCAAUUGUACCUCCUCUUCCUGAACCAACUCCCACAACCUAUAUCGAAAUAGAUGAUACUCAUAUCUCGAUAAGUAUCGUAGAAAUCAAUGAACUAUCACCGAUUGGAGUGGUUUUGAAAAGUUACAACAUGACAUCGGCCAACUGGAAAUUUGAAAACCUGUCCAAUGACAAUGGUAUUGCUUAUCACUACAGCACUGAACUAAAGAUUGGAAGUAAUUCUACCGUUGUAAACACCACUCUUUUAUUCAUCAAGGAUGGAACUACCAUUGAAUUUGCCGGUCAAAACAUAACGCUCCUACCAUACUCUAUAAAAUUCACGGCAUCUCUCUCGGCAUAUCCAUUCUCAGCGAUGGAUAAUCUAAUGGAUAUAGUUUUCGAAGCAUCGAUCUCAACCGAUUCAGACUCAUGUUCCAGUAGAGUAUCUGGACACAAUAACAAUGGACAGUGGAUCAAGCUCAAUAUCGACGAUCACAGUCUCUAUGGAACAUUCAUCAACACCGUACUACUCGAUAACCGCUCAACCAUUGUAACACUCCACGAUACCGAUGAUGCCAGUAGUGAUAAACAGACCUAUCAAUACAGCAGUAUUCACAUGGCAAUACGUACACCAUCGUUUGGAGAGAGCUUGCAAAUCGAUCCCGAUUUCUCUGUGCUUGUCGAUGUCGAUAAUGACGGUACAUCAAAGCUUUGCCAACCAAAGAAGAAACUGAGUAAUGGUGCGAUCGCAGGUAUAGUAGUUGGUGCAAUAGUGUUACUCUCAUUGGCGAUCGGUGGCGCCAUCUUUAUCAAACGUAAACAAAAGAGUAAAAAAGAGAUGAAGAGAAUCCAAAUGAAAAUGAAAGCAUUGAAUAAUAAUUAA